AUGGGUGGUAGGCGAUAUGAAGCCCGACGACUUUGGAGGAUGUUUCACGUGAAGUUGACUUCCGACAGCAGUCGAAGGGAGGCUCAAGCAAAUCUGUGGAGAGGUACCUCCAAUUUUCAAGUAAAGGAGCUCGAGACGACCGCAGCGCAUACACCUGUGUUUUUCCGCAAUGAAAAUGAUGCUCACACGGAGUUUUAUGAAAAAGAAAAAGAAAGUAUUGAUCGGAAACAGGAUGAUGUUGUGGGACUAAAACAAGCACUUAAAGUUGCAAAGGAUCGAUUUGAAGAAAAUAUUAUUCUUGCUGAAAAACAUAAAACAGAGAAGGAUGAAAAUAAUGAUAUGAAAAGUCAAGUUGGUCAACUCAUGAACCAAGUGCAAGAGCAUAAAUUACAGUUACAACAACACGAUUCAACAGUUGAAUAUUUACAGGACAGAGGAGUGGACUCUGCAGAUCUGAUCUCAUUUCUGCUAGAACUUAGCUUUCAUGUUACUGGCGAGGCAUAUAAUAUGAACACUUUAGAUGAGAUACAAAGGAUAACAGUUAAAGAUCUUGCAGACUUGGGAUUCAUCAAACUCCAGCAGGGGAGGAAAGAUAGUUGGUUCAUUCCUACAAAAUUGGCUACUAAUCUCUCUAUUAGCUUGUCAGAUGCACCAUCAAGGAAACAGGGAUUUGUUGUUGUGGAAACUAACUUCAGGGUAUAUGCCUACUCCACCUCUAAGUUGCAUUGUGAAAUCUUGAGACUUUUUGUCAGAUAA